AAGAGUAAGGCGAAAGGGUGAAUCAAAUGUGCCCUUAACGAGGGCACCAUUGCCACCCCAAUGAGAUUUGAAAUCACGUUGCAGAUAUAGAGAGAGAGAGAGAGAGAGAGAGAGAGAGGGUCGGUGACCAACUGACCAUAACGUGGGAAUAGGACAGUGAUACCAAAUUUCAAGAGACGGCCCCGUUGACUUGUUACAGUACUUGGAAACCUCCAGGAAACCUCCAGUUGCCAGUCAUCCCCCACCUUUGUUAAUCCCAAUACCCUCUAACUUUCAUCUUAAAUAUAUAAUGAUUCCCAUAUGAGAUUGAACUUCUGUAUCAUGUAUUCUAUUUGCAUAACUCAUGUCCCACGGCCAUAGAGAGGGAUUUCUAUUUGGAAGGAACAGUGAGGCCUUUUCAUUUCAGAACUCUUUUUGGGGAUCUCGAAAGAGGGAAAGAGAAAGAAACAUCAGGGAUUGUGAAGAAGCAGAGAAAUAGGGACAUGGAAAAAAGGGAAGCUGGAAAGGGUGUCUCUAUCUAAUCCAUUUCGUUUGUCUUUUUAAUCACUUCCAUUCCCAGCCCGUUUUGUCCCUCUUCAUAAUACCACAUCAAUUUAUUUCCUUUUAGAAAAACACCUUUUGCAGAGUAGCAACUGGGAGAGUGAAAAUGGUGACUGGGUGGAGACGAGCGUUCUGCACAUCCAUCCCCAAAGAUAGAGAAACCAAAGUAUUAUCAGAGAAGCAUCGUCAGCAACAACAGCAGCAUUGCGAGAAUAGCAACAUCGUCCAAAGUCCAAAACUCAGCUCCAAGUUCGGCUUUUUCUCCAGUCCAUCCACGCCUCGGUUGCAGUCUCAACCGGUCUCGAGCUCCAGCCUCCGAUGCCGAACCACCUCCACCACCACCACACCCACACCCACUUCGUCGGUACCCAAUAGCCCGAAACUUCAAUGCAAAACGGCAACUACCCCAAAGAACAACAGCCCCGGAUUGUUCCAGCAAUCCAAUCAUCUCUCCCCCAAAUCACCCUCCAGCCUCUCACUCCUCAAAGCCAGCUUACGACUCUCCAAAAGUAGAUGCGGAAUCUGCUUACAGAGCGUGAAGACCGGUCAAGGAACAGCUAUUUUCACUGCCGAAUGCUCGCACACUUUUCACUUCCAUUGCAUAUCUUCGCACAUAAAAAAGCACCAACUUUUGAUUUGCCCUGUCUGCAGCGCAACCUGGAAGGAUCUUCCUCUACUCGCUUUCCACCAGACCCAGAACCCAGAUAAUAGCCAAGCAGAUAAUACUUGUGAUAACAACUGUAAUAGAGAAUUCAAAGUCAGAGAUGUCAAUACGAAGUGGGUGAAAGUAUACAAUGACGAUGAGCCUUUGAUGUCUCCCACUUUGGGUGCUCGGUUCAAUCCCAUACCGGAAUCCGAUGAGAACGAAGAGGACGAAAACGGCACCGUUGAGUUCCAAGGAUUUUUUGUAAAUUCUGGUCCCUCGUCUUCCCCGAGACUUGAUGGAAGAGCGACGAGUGAUCACGUAGUCAGAAACGUCGAAGUGAGGUUGUUACCGGAUGCCGCGGUAGUGGCCGUCGGUAAAAGCUACGAGACCUACGUCGUCGUUCUGAAGGUCAAAGCCCCACCUUGUUCAGUUCUGAAACCGUCGCGUCGGGCUCCUAUUGACUUGGUAACGGUGCUUGAUGUGAGUCGGAGCAUGAGCGGGUCCAAGUUACAGAUGAUGAAACGUGCUAUGAGAUUGGUCAUAUCUUCGCUCUCUACGACGGACCGUCUCUCGAUCGUUGCCUUCUCCGCGAGCUCCAAGCGGUUGUUGCCUCUGACGAGGAUGACUGCGAAAGGCCGGAGAUCGGCGAGAAAGAUCGUCGAGGCUAUGGGUUGUAUCGGUGACGGAACUUGUCCGAACGAUGCGCUCGUGAAGGCCGCUAAAGUACUUGAAGAUCGACGGGAGAGGAACCCCGUAGCCAGCAUUAUUCUUCUGUCCAACGGUCACGACGAACGCGACUCAAUGAGCUCUGCCAAUCGGAAGCGCUCCUCUCCAGCAGUCGUGUCGUCCACGCGAUUCGCUCACUGGGAAAUCCCUAUCCAUACCAUUGGGUUUAACGAUAGCGGCGAGUACGGGCACGCGCAUCCAGAAGACGCAUUUGCCAAGUGUGUUGGUGGUCUGUUGAGCGUUGUGGUUCAGGAUCUAAGGUUUCAACUCGGGUUCGUUUCCGGGUCGGCACCGGCGGAGAUUGCGGCGGUAUAUUCUUUAACGGGUCGGCCGGCGUCGCUCGGAUCCUGUUGGGCCCGGCUGGGCGACCUCUACGCUGAGGAGGAGAGGGAACUGCUCUUGGAAUUGAAAAGACCGGCUUCUUCCAUCGGGUCCCACCUCCUGCUGUCCGUACGACCCUCUUACAGGGACCCUUCGACCCAAGAGCUCGUGUAUUUGAAAGAACAGACGUUCCUCGUCCCGCGUCCCCACUCCGUCCGAUCCUCGUCUCCCAACAUCCAACGGCUGAGAAAUCUCCACGUCACCACUCGCGCUGUGGCCGAGUCUCGGCGGUUAAUCGAGCACAACAAUCUCUCCGGAGCCCACCACUUGCUGUCCUCGGCUCGAGCCUUGCUGAUGCAGUCCCAGUCGGCCGAGGAGUUCUUGCGCGGCUUGGAAGCGGAGCUAGCCGAGCUUCAGAGGCGGCAGCAGCAACAUCAGCAGCUGCAGAGCCAAAGACAGGGAGGAAACAAUGGACGGGAACUCAGUCGAGUGGAAGAGAAGCCGGAGCCGCUUACGCCGACUUCGGCUUGGAGAGCGGCCGAGAGAUUGGCUAAAGUGGCGAUUAUGAGGAAGUCAAUGAACAGAGUCAGCGAUUUGCACGGCUUUGAAAAUGCGAGAUUUUAAGUUUAGUUGUGUUCUAUUUUUUUUAUAAUAUUUGUAGUAUUUAAUACAGAGAAAAUUUUAAAUAUAAAUAAUUUUCAU